UGAGUCCUCUCUAUGAACAAUGGCAGCCUGAACUCAUGAAAGAGAUCAUUUUGUUUAUGUUAACAGGCUUCCUUCGCCAGGGUAACUACUCCUCAGGUGCUCACAAAAGAAGAGGAACUUCUCGCACUCUCAUUCCAUCUCUCUGCUCUUCCUUCUCCAAAGCACAUCUGGGUGCUGCCUGGAGCCCAGGUCCGGCUCCAAACCUAUGAAUAUUUGCCAAGUAUAAAAGCUUCUCAAGAAUAAGAUGGAUCCGGGGGCAUCCUCCCCAGAGAAACAGGGUAAAGAGAAUUUAGUGGAUGAAGAAAUGGAGGCUCAGAAAGAUCUAGUGGCUUUCCUGAGGCCACCACACUGGCAUCAAGAGUAAAGGGCUUGGUGUAUGUGGCUGGAUCCUGUUUUCGUUUUCUUUCCUGUUCAUGAUCAUUACCUUCCCUAUCUCCAUAUGGAUGUGCUUGAAGAUCAUUAAGGAGUACGAACGUGCCGAUGUAUUCCAGCUGGGACGCAUCCAAGCUGACAAAGCCAAAGGGCCAGACGUGUUUGUCAAAGUUGAUCUCCAGACCGUUAACGUGCAACAUCCCUCCACAGGAGGUUGUUACAGAAUAUUGAGCAGAGUUCCCUGUGCUCUACGAACACGGUCUCUGGUGCCAUCUAUGUUUUCUAAGAAGCACUGCUAUUCAUCAAGCCUGAUGAAACUGAGAACCAAAAAGAUUUCAGAUUGA